AUGCGUGCCUCCACUAUCGCAACCCUCGCCACCCUCCUGGCCACAACCACCGCCAGCCCCAACCCCAACGGCUGGUCCACCACCAAAACCGCCCCCGACAGCCCCACCAAACUCGACGACUGCGGCUGCGGCCCCAUCUACAAAACCAUGGUCAAAUGCCAAACCCUCCCCAUGACCCCCGAUGGCAAAGCCAUCCACGACUGCGUGUGCGUGCCCAACCCCGACGGCUGGUACGGCUACCUCGACAGCUGCCGCGACUGUCUCUCGCAGGGCGCCGGCAGCGACUUCUUCAACAACUACGCUAUGAUGAUCACCCAGCUGUUGGUGUCGUGCACGCAGGCUGGUGGGAAUGUGUGGAGCACGGGGGAUAGUAUUUGCGCGACGAAUGCGUACACCGAGGAUUGUGUGUCGCUUGGCACGGAUGGGAGGGCGAGCUGGGCGAGUAUUGAUUCGACGAGGAGUGACUCCGGGAAUGCGACGUAUGUGUUGGAUAUUAAGGGGUCUGGGUCUGGGUCGGGGUCCGGGUCGGGGUCGUCCACCAAGUCCUCGUCGGCUGGGGAGCCGAAGACGAGCAGUGCUAGCAAGGGUGCUGCUUCUUCGUCGUCGUCGGUCUCCUCGGGGGCGGCGUCUAAGACGACCGGUGCUGUGACCACUGGGACGGCGACGGGGGCUGAGACGACGGGGACUGGGUCGGCUACGCAGGGCUCGCAAGGCACGCAGACGACUACGGGGCCGGCUAGCGCGACGACUUCGCCGUCGGCGGGUUCGCGUGUGCAGGCUGGGAUCGUGGGGCUUGUGUUGGCUGUUGGGGCGGUUGUGUUGAUGUAA